AUGUCAACAUUAGAAAUUAUAUUACCUGAUAAGAAAAGAUUACAACCUCUACCAACACAUUUCAUACAGUACUCUUCAAUGUUGAGAGCAGAGUAUGAACGUGAUAGAAAGACAUCAAACAAACCAAUAGUAGAGAUUUAUCUUCCACACGAUCUUAAUAUCAGCGAAACUGUAGGCAAUCAAAUCAUUUCAUUCUUGCUAGCUUUAGAUUCCGUAUUAUCAACUAUCUAUCAAAGACCAAAGGUAGACUCUCCAACCAAUGCUACACCUCUUUCAAUCGGUGGUGGAGGUCUAUCAUCAUCCUCUUCUCAACCUAUGUCGUCAUCAUCAUAUUCUUCUUCAUCCACCUCUACAGGUUCAAAUACACCAAAUCAUACAGAGUCUUCAUCUUCAUCUUCACCCAAAGGAUCAACUUCACCUAUAUUUACAUCUGCAAAACAAUACCCAAUCAUUGAUAAUGAUUCAAUUAAAUUAAUAUUAAAAAAAAUAGUAAAGAAUAGGAAAUAUAUACCACCACCUCUUCCAGUAAAUUUAUCAAAUGAUACUUUUGAACAAAUAUUAUCACCAACCUUUGAGGAAGAUCAAUUUGUUAGUCUAGAAGAUACACACAGUCUUAGUGUUUUACAUAAUCAUAUCAACAAUAACAACAAUAAUAACAACUACAACGAUGAUAGUAAUGAAAUGAAAAACAUUUGUUUCGAUCAAAGAGAUGUUACUAUUAAAGAGUUUUUAUAUAAUACAGUAUCGGUUAAAGGCAAGGGAUAUAUAUUGGAUACAUGGAUUCUAUGUGCACACUAUUUUGAUAUUAUUGGUAACCUUUUAAUCAAAAGUGUUAGAUUUCAAUUGGAAAGAUUAUUGACCAAUGCAGCAUCGGCCGAUGAAGCUCGUUAUCUUUUGGAUAUUUCAUGUGAUUUUGAACCAGAAACAAUGUUCAAGAUUGAAACUGAAGAUAACUUUUCAAAAUCAUAUGGUGAUUCACCGGUUCUCUCUCUUCGAGAAGAGCCGGUUGUCGACAAUUCUCAAUCCUCUCACUCGCCAGUAUUAAAACACACCUCCCCACACCAAGAAUGCAAACCAUCAAAAAAGAAUAUGCAACUCUCGACGAUUUUUGAAACAAAUCGGCAAAAGGAUUUCAAGCCAGACAUUGUAUUGGAUGUAAAGAAUCGUCGUCUCUACAAAGCGAUCAAAGAUUCAACUACUCUUCAUUGUCAUAAAUGUCGAGCAGAAUUUAAUCUUUUAAAUAGAAAACAUCAUUGUAGAGAAUGUGGAUAUAUAUUUUGUAGUAGUUGUACAAAUAAUUCAAUUCAACAUUCUUCUAUACCUUCACCAAAAUAUACUAGUUCAAAGGAUUAUUUUUAUAGAAAGCUUAGGGUAUGUUCAGAUUGUUUUAGUAAUCUUGUUCAACAUACAAGAUAUGGAACGAUUCAUCAAUCACUAGAGUUGAUGGCUUUAAAAUUCCCAAUUGUUAGAAAGUUUUCAUCGCUCCGUGUAAUGUGGAGACAGGCAUCUGUUGCCUACAUGUCUUCUAUUCGAGAGAUUCAAUAUUGUUUCCCUACCCACCAAUUUGAACCAUUUGAAAGAGAAUCACUUUGGAGAAAUCGUAAAUAUUUGGAAGGACAUUCAAAAUGGAUCGUCAAAUUGGUAGAAUCAAUCGACUGGAGAGGUAUCGAUCAACAAAAAUUGGAAAAGAUUCUAAAGAUUGUCAAGGGGUGCGAAAAGACAGAAAUGAACUGUUACUAUUUAAUGUGUUCUUCAUCUUGUUGUUCAACAAUCCCAAUCAAAGACGUCUUUCCACUUUUGGAUGAAAACAUUACUUGUCAAGAAAUUAGAAAGUUUGCAGUUGAUAUUCUAAAAACAAUAGAUUGUGAUGAUGAUUUAAUUUAUUUCUUACCUCAAUUGGUUUAUUAUCUAAGAUUUGAAAAAUCAGUUGAAAGAAAUGAUUUAAAAGAAUAUUUAUUUGAUAAAUCAUUAAAAUCACCAAGAAUUGCACACUUUUUAUUGUGGGAAUUGAACAACUGUCAAACAAGUAAAGAAUAUUUCCACAAGUAUGAAGUGUUUAAAUGUGAACUACUUCACAAUCAUUCAAUGUUGCAAGCUACAAAGAAUGACAAGACCACACAAAGUUACAUUUAUGGUGUCGAACUUUUAAACAUUCUAAAGAGUAUACCACCCUAUUAUGGUCCAGAGUUUGAUGUGAAAAAGAAUGAAAUCAGUAACCUUAUCAAUCGACAGGUCCGUACUUUUAAUCCACGUACUGAAAAGUACGAGGUUGUCCCCAUUGAAAUUCGUUAUCCCAUCGAUCCAUCGUACGUCAUCAAGGAAUUCUUUCCCGAUCGUAUGACAAUCAAAGACAGUGCAACACGUCCAAUCAAGAUGGUAUUUAGAUGUCUCAACACCGACACUAAAAAGGAAGAAAUCUUUGAUCUCAUCUUUAAAAAGGACGAUGUCAGAAAAGACCGUAUCAUUCUCAACAUUAUCUCGGUCAUGAAAAAGAUCCUCCAGGAAAAGAUUAAUGACAUCAGAAAACUAAAGAUGGACCAUAAAAAGCUUUUCGACUCUGUCAUGGAUUCGAUUUACUCUCAGUCUCAUACCAAUGCCAUUCAGGCAUUUUCUAGUCUCUCAAAACUCCACAACAUCCUAUCGAUGGUCAAAAAUACUCAGAUUGAAAACAUUGUCAAAGCAGAUUAUGAUCCAGAGCAUCUAUCCAUGCUUAUCGAUUCCUACAAGAAAAUGUCAACCUCUGUCUUUACAGAAACCAUAUCCAAGAUGAAGACAGACUUUUUCAACUGCUACGAAGACUUUGAUGAAGACAUGGAAAAAGUUCUCGACUCUAUAGUGACCUAUCGUGUGCUUCCUUGCAACAAUGAAUAUGGUUUUAUCGAGGUGGUCCAAAACGCAGAGACACUUUGCAAGAUCAACGAAACUUCCAUCCCAACAUACUUUAAGGAAAGAAAUAGCAGCAACAGUAUUCAUCCAUGUAUUCAAAGUUUUAAAAGAUCUCUUGCUUCUUGGAUGGUCAUCACUCAUCUCUUGGGUGUUGGUGAUCGUCAUAAUGAAAAUAUUAUGAUCACUUAUAAUGGUUAUUUCUUUCACAUUGAUUAUGGUUUUAUUUUAGGAAAGGAACCAAAACCAAUAUCAAACUUUUUAAGAUUUAGUGAUGAUUUUACAAAGACUAUUGAAUCUACAGAGAAUAUCGAAACAUUUAAAAAGUUAUCAACAUUGGUAUUUAGUAUUUUGAGAAAAGAAGCACCAUUCUUUUUAUACCAUCUUAUGUUUUUGAACAAACUCGAUCCAGUUUUGGACAACUCUAGUCGAUUCAGUCAGACCUAUAUCCAAGAUGAAGUUGCCAAUCGUUUCUUCCCAGGACUUCCAACAAAGAUUGCCGAACAACAUUUUGAAAGACUUUUGGACAUUCACAAAGAUUCUUUGCAGCAAUACAUCACAGAUACUUCUCGUGCAAUUAGUAAAAAGGCUCCUCAAAUCACAAAGUCAACUAUUGGUUACCUUAGUCAUUCUAUGGCAAAUUUAAGUUCUUAUAUUAUUAAUUUCCAAAGUUUAUAUAGAAAUGAAAAUAAUAAUAGUAAUAAUAAUAAUAAUCAACAAUAA